GCCCACAACCCGGUUAAUGAUUUAGGGUUUUUAGGGUUCGUCAUCAUUUCACAACCACUUUCCAGCACAAAAACGCCGCAUAUAUAAAUCUACAUCUUCCCGUUCAGUAAAGCUUCAGGCUUUGAGUCUCCCACUUUCAGAGAGCUAGAGAAAGAGAGGCAGAAUCCUUAAUCUUAAGCAAUGGCUCCCAAGACUCCGAAGGUGAGCAGAAACCCAAAUCUUGUUCGAGGAAUUGGCAAGUAUUCGAGGUCUCAGAUGUACCACAAGAGGGGUUUGUGGGCUAUCAAGGCCAAAAAUGGUGGUGUUUUCCCCAAGCACGACCCUAAACCCAAGCCAGCUGCUCCCGUUGAGAAGCCCCCGAAAUUCUAUCCGGCAGAUGAUGUUAAGAAGCCUCUGCUUAACAAGCGCAAGCCCAAACCUACCAAGCUUAGGGCUAGCAUUACUCCAGGAACUGUUUUGAUAAUUCUUGCUGGAAGGUUCAAGGGUAAGAGGGUCGUGUUCCUGAAGCAGCUUUCCUCUGGAUUGCUCUUGGUCACUGGACCAUUUAAGAUCAAUGGUGUCCCUCUGAGGAGAGUGAACCAAUCUUAUGUCAUUGCAACUUCCACCAAGGUUGAUGUCUCUGGAAUUAAUGUUGAUAAGUUUGAUGACAAAUACUUUGCCAAGCAAGCUGAGAAGAAGAAAAAGAAGGGAGAGGGCGAGUUCUUUGAGUCCGAGAAAGAGGAAAAGAAUGUACUUCCACAGGAGAAGAAGGAUGAUCAGAAAACUGUGGAUGCACCACUGAUUAAAUCAAUUGAGGGGGUUCCAGACUUGAAGGCGUAUUUAGGAGCUAGAUUUUCUCUUAAGGCGGGAAUGAAGCCUCAUGAGCUUGUCUUCUAGAGGAAAAAUCGAUUUAGGAUUGUUCCCCCAUGACUUUUUUUUGGAUUUUGUUUGAACCUUAUUUUAGCUGUUUUAUUGUUCCAUUUUUGCCAAUAGACAGCUAUAUGAACCUCAAGUAUAUGGUAAUGCAUUGUGCAAUGGAAUUUUUCUA